AGCCGACUAUCAAUCCAUGAUAGUCUCUUCGCCUACGUUGCCACGGUUAUCAACCGUGUCUUGAUUACUCAGAUACGCAAAAUCAAAGUAACUGACAGUUAUCGCUUCUCUGGAGCGAGCUUCGCAUUUCCUGAUGUUGCUGUCAAUGCUAUGAUUGAUGCUUUGACACCAGCUCUGCCAGACAACCCUACCGAUAUGACGGCUAUCGCCACAAGUAUUCGCGAGACCCUCAUACACUAUCGACAACACGAAUUCAUCUCGCAGUGGAUGUCCGCAGCUAGUCAACUGAUGCUCGCAGCUGCGAAGUCAGGAAAAUCAUUUUACUACCCUCCAUCUACCGACAUUCUAGCUGUGAAUUCCAUGGCAGCCAUCGACUGGUGUUCAGCACAUUUCGGUCAACCAAAGUCUCAUAGAUACCACAUGGCUGGGCAUGGCUUGCUUUAU